AUGCUUAAGCAAUCAAUUAAAAGUGUUUACAAGGGAAACGCCGCCGCCAGAAGGUUUAUGCAGCAAUCAGCAACUAGACUUGCUAAAGGCGACUCUUCCAACAUCGAUUCAUUCAAAUUACCUUCUCAGACCUCAAUCAAUGAAUGGGAGUUCAAAUACGACUUUAUUCCAAAGACUUCUCAACCUAAAGUACCCCCUGUCACCAAAGAGGCUGUCAAACAAGAUGUUGCUCAGGAAAAGGCAAAGGCUGUCGAACGUGAAUUAUUCGCCAAGGAGUCCAAUUCAUCAGUAAAAGUUGAGGCAAAUGACGCCAAGGUCUUGCAUGGUGGUGAAUCAGUAGGGGCUGAGCCUAUUCUCCAAGAGGAUAGAGGAAGCAACCCAAUUGAUUCUUCCAAACCAAAUGUCUCCAAUUCGGCGAAACCAAAGAAGGCAGCUAAUCACGAUCAGUAUGUACAGUCUUCAGUCAACCCAAAUGUCAAUGCUGCUGAUGUCGUCAACUUGGGUGAAAACGAGAUUGACCACAAGACUGAACUGGUUGGCAAACAAACACGUGUUGUUGAUGAUCUUGAACAUGACAACUUGCACCAUGAGGGACAGCAACAAUCAUCAUCGUCAGGUAGCACAAGUGUAGCUGGAGUGUUGGCUCUAUUAGGAGCUGGAGGAGCUGGAUAUUGGUACUACACGUCCUCGACUAAGCAAGCUAAGAAAUAG